GCAUCCCGUUCCUCUCUCUCCUAAUAAUACUACCGUUUGUUAUUUUCUCUUAACCUUCUCUCUCUACCCUCUCUCUCUCUCUCUCUCUCUCCAGAAAUCUCUCUAAAAAUAUCUAAAAGAUCUUUUGUAAAUCAAGGCCAUGUACCAAUCUUCUUCUUCAUCAUCGCAACAACAAUCCAGCGCCACCAGGAAGGCGGUUCCGACGGGGUUGACUCGAUUCUGCUCCGCCCCAGGCUCACUCUUGACUCAGGCGGUGGACUCAGUGAUCGCGGCAGACCCAUUGAUUUUGGGCAACCGCAAUUACUACUACUCCUCAUCCUCAGCUGAUUCCUCCUCAGAGUCAACUUGUAAAAUCAGCUCAUCCAACGAUCCGAAUCCUCCCAAGUCUGGUGGGCUUCAGAGAUCCUACGGCUUAAAUGAAAUCGCACAUAGCGCGGGAUCCUUGGUCAGGCAGCGGAGCUCUCCUGCUGGGUUUCUAAGCCAAGUCGCUGGGGAAACUGGAUAUUCAGUUGCAAGAGGUAGUGGAAGCUAUAAUCCUCAAGGUGGGUAUGGAGAAUCAAGAUUGAAGUCUCAAUUGAGCUUCACUGGACCAGAUUCUCUUUCAAAUAUCUCAGAAGGCAGUGAAGAUGUUUACAAUAGCAUCAGCUCUGACAAUGGCCACCAAAACACCAGGCAUUCUUAUGCCACUAAUAAUACUACUAGCUUUGGUGUGGACUCUUGGGACAAUACCAAUUCUAUUGCUUUCUCCACUCUUGCUGGCAAACGAGCGAAGAAUAUCGAUGGAGACUAUUUCACUUGUUUUAAUGUCUUGGAUUCUCAGUUCAGCCUGCCACAGACGACUCUAGAGAUGGCUGCGGUGGAGAAGCUACUGAAUAUCCCAGAGGAUUCUGUCCCUUGCAAAGUCCGUGCUAAGCGAGGCUGUGCCACUCACCCCAGAAGCAUUGCCGAAAGAGAGAGAAGAAUCAGAAUAAGUGGGAAAUUGAAGAAACUACAAGAUCUGGUUCCAAAUAUGGAUAAGCAAACAAGCUAUGCAGACAUGUUGGAUUUGGCAGUGCAGCAUAUCAAAGGCCUUCAAAAUCAAGCUCAGAAACUCCAACAUGAUCUUGAAGGUUGCACAUGCGGAUGCAAACAAUCGAUCUAAUAGCCUUGAACAGGUAUCUAUGGGCCAAAAAAAAAGGGCAGACUCGAGCAAUGUAACAUGAGUCUAUAUUUUUCUUUUGUGUCAAGAACUUGAGAAAUAUGACAGAUUCGAGCACAACAGAUUGUCAUAUUGUGUUCAAGUCGAGCUUAGUAACCCCAAGAAGAUGAGAAUAGUAUCAAGAUGUAUAUAAUUCUGUGAAAUUGUUCAUCCAUAACUUGUCUAGAAAAAAAUGAAAAAUGUCAAGUGAUGUUCAGUUUAUGUUUUAAGGUGCCAACACUGGAUAAGUUUCUUUAGCAAUCUGUUGUUGUAACUUGGUGAAAUUCUUGCUGAAGAUGAAAACAUGGAGAGCUUUUGAUUCGAAUGUAUAAAUUGAUUAGUAUGUAAGAGAUUUUAUUGUUCUUUGUAU